AUGGAGAAGAACGAAGAUGGAGGAAUCUUGACAUAUAACGGUAGAUAUGUAAUGUACAACGUAGUCGGUAACAUUUUCGAGCUGUCUUCCAAAUAUAUUCCUCCUAUUCAACCAGUUGGUCGAGGUGCCUAUGGUAUCGUCUGCUGUGCAAGAAACUCAGAGACAGACGAAGAUGUUGCUAUAAAGAAGAUAGCAAACGCGUUUGACAACAGAGUCGAUGCUAAACGAACUCUCCGGGAGAUCAAACUCCUUUGCCACAUGGAUCACGAUAAUGUUAUCAAAAUGAAAGAUAUCAUUGAGCCACCAGAGAAGGACAAGUUCGAAGAUGUGUAUAUCGUUUAUGAGUUGAUGGAUACUGAUUUGCAUCAGAUCAUAAGAUCCAAUCAAAUUCUAACAGACGACCACUGUCAGUACUUUCUUUACCAAAUUUUGAGAGGCUUGAAGUACAUACACUCUGCAAAUGUACUACACCGAGACCUGAAACCGAGCAACUUGGUUCUAAACACGAAUUGUGAUCUUAAAAUCUGCGAUUUCGGGCUUGCAAGAACGUCGACCGAGACAGAGAUAAUGACUGAAUAUGUUGUGACAAGAUGGUACCGUGCACCUGAAUUGCUUCUCAACAGCUCGGAAUACACAGGAGCUAUUGAUAUUUGGUCUGUUGGUUGCAUUUUCAUGGAGAUACUCAGAAGAGAAACGCUCUUCCCUGGUAAAGAUUAUGUCCAGCAGCUGAAACUCAUCACUGAGCUAUUAGGUUCACCAGAUGACUCUGAUCUUGACUUCUUGAGAAGCGAUAAUGCGAGAAAGUACGUGAAACAACUCCCUCACGUUAAAAAACAAUCGUUCAGAGAAAAGUUCCCAGACAUUUCCCCAGUGGCUCUAGAUCUUGCUGAGAAGAUGCUGGUUUUCGAUCCUUCCAAGCGCAUCACAGUGGAGGAAGCAUUGAAGGAGCCGUACUUGGCGAGUCUCCAUGAGAUCAACGAAGAGCCGACGUGUCCUUCUCCUUUCAGCUUCGACUUUGAGGAGACAACAUUGGAUGAACAAGAUAUCAAGGAGCUUGUCUGGAGAGAGUCUUUAUACUUCAAGAAUAAGUAA